GGGUUGGUGCCAGAGGAGCAUUGGCACAGCCCGCCCCGGCCCGGCUGCAGCCCCCAGCGCCUCGGGGGGCUUCCUACCCGGCCCCGGCCCCGGCCCCGGAGCAGGUGGCAGCUGAGUGACCAGUAGAGCACAGAAGCGGGCUCCCCACAGCGGUGGGCAGUCUCGUCCCCAGAGGACUUUAAGCCCCGGGAAAAUGAGUGGGAAGAAACCAGGAGGAAAAGCUGCUGCUCAGAAAGGUGCAAAAUCAGUGUCACCAGUGAAGAAAUCAGCACUAGCUUCUAGAAAAAAAGCAUUAGCAGACCACACUGAGGGGAAAAGCACAGCUAAACAAACAAGCAGCUGCAAGCUCCCAGAGAAAUCAAACAGCAAUCACAAUAAGUCAGCUCCUACCAGCAGCCCAGAUGAAGACUUAAGCUGCAAAGAAAAGGCUGCGCUGACUUUGCAGUGUGCUUUCCGCCGUGUUCUGGCCCAUAGAGAGAAAGACAAGCGGCUGAAGGAACAGAAGGAAUAUAGAGAGUUAAUGGAGUGCCUGCAGAGAGAGGCCUUCAUUGAAAUGGUGAAGAAGGAGCAGGUAGCAGCUGAACGGGAGAGACAGAAAGAGGAAGAAGAAAGGAAGAAGCAGCGAGAAGAGCAGCAAAGAAAGAAACGGAUGUUGGAGGCAGCAUUUGAGGGGGAUGUGGAUGAAAUGAAAGCUGUGCUAAAGGAAGUGUCAGAUUUGGAUACUAAGAAUGGAGUGAGUACGGAUGAGAAAGGGAAGGCCACACGUCUCUCUAACCACAUCAAGAUAGUGGAGUGCACCGAUGCCAAUGGAAACACUCCCCUCUCUGAGGCAGCUGGAGGUGGCCACGCUCAUGCUAUCAAGAUGCUGAUAGAAAAUGGAGCUGAUCCAAACAGCAAGGGAGCUUUUGGCAGGACCCCUCUUUAUCGUGCUGCUUUUGGGGGUCACCUGGCUGCAGUGGAGAUGCUUCUUCCUUAUGGAGCAGACCCCAGAAUUUAUGCUGAUGAUGGCAACACACCUGAACAGGUUGCUUCUUUGGAUGGCUUGGUCACCAUCUUUCAAUCCUGGGACAUCAGCUUGACAGAAAUGAUGCUGCAGAGGAUGGAGUCAGAGCAGCAGAGAAGAGCUUUGCAGGAAAAGAAGCUGAAAGAUGCUGAAACUCACCGAAUGAAUGAGGAGGUGGAGCAGCUGGUGAAGGAUCAGGAGAGGUGUAACCAGGAGCUGCAGCAGGCAUAUCUUGAACUGAACAGGAGGAUCACAGAGCAUGACAAAUGUCAGAGAGAGCAGAUGGGCAACAGAAAGGUAACUCUGCAGGUAAUUCAUGAUGCUGAAGAGUUGGUGGAGACUCUACGCCUGGCCGCUGAGAAAGCAGAAGAGAAACUGUCUCUGACCAGACUCAGGUUGCGAGAACAGACCCUGGAAGGGGCAGGGAGUGAAUUCCAUGGGCUGAAGUGCUCUGUGCAAGAACUUGAUGAUGUACUGUUGAAGGAUGUGGGAGACAAAAUCUGCAUGGAUGGAAGGUGGCCCCUGAUCAUCGAUCCAUCUGGACAAGCUGCAACUUUCCUGCGAUAUCGAGAUACAAAUUACCUGAACGCACUGAACCCCAACCACAUGAACCCAGAGACUGUCCGGCUGGCUUUGCUGGGGGCCAUCAGGUAUGGAAAGCCAGUUGUGUUUGACAUGAUGGAAGUGAACAUGUUCGAUGCUGUGAAGAGGCAGCUGGAGGGAAUCGCGCCUGGCCUGGCCGAAGCAGUUCUCAGCAGGCAGAUAAUGCAGAACGAGAGGUACCUGUGCUUAGCCAGAGCGACUGACGGCCCCGAGUAUUCCCGCACCGCGUUCCAGGAGGCCCGGACCAAGAAAUUCAAACUGUUCGUUGUCACCAAGUGUCACCACCCUCCUGAGGAGCUGCUGCAGCAGCUCCUGCCCAUUCAGGUCGUGCUGUCCCGGAGCAGCUGGUAG